AUGGAAGAACAUGACCACCAUCUCUUCCUACCCCUCUUAUCUGCCACUCCCACCACCUCCACCGCCUUCAGCAACACUACCACCACCGGUUACAUCAGUAAUGUUGAUGCUGACAAUAUAAAGAUUUUAUCUUCAAAUAAUUCUAUCAUUUCCCGGUUGCUUUCAGUUUUCUUUAUCGGUAUAAUUUCCAUAUGGGCAAACUACGAAGCUUCAAAAGGAUUCGAUGUAAUCAUUGUCAAUGACUCCAAAGACUCUCUUGCAGGCAAACCCUUCGAGCUUCUUUACAUAUCAAACGACAAAGCCACAAGAAUUCUCCUAAACACAAGUGCCUUUGCUGAGAACAUUCUUUAUUCAGAUACCAACCACAGCAAGAAGCAAGUUCACCGUGUCACUCUCCGGCUAACUGCCAAGAACCUGAGCCAAAUCGUCACCGUCGACACAAGCAAAACCGAUGAGUUUGUCAUCAACCUAAGCCCUUCAAUAAUGGGAUAUGCAAAUGUGAAUUCUGCAAUGAUCUCAGCAUUACAACGUGGCAUGGCUCGAACAUGGCUUUGGGACGGGGAGUCCAGGGCCCCAGCACGGCUCAUGGAUGGGUUGGUGGAGUAUAUAACCAUGUUGGCCGGAAUGAGUCAACGGAAAAAGUUCGUGGGCGCUGGUGAGUUGCCAGAAUUCAGUCAUGUUUGCUGGGAUGACAAGGACCCUAAGGUUGUGGCAGAUUUUUUGGAUUAUUGUGAGGAGCAUAAUAAUGGAUUCAUCCAACGGCUUAAUCAAGCAAUGAGAGAAGGAUGGGAUAUUGCAACGGUGAAUGAUGCGUUAGGAAUGGAAGCUAAGUAUUACUGUGAUUCUUAUAAAAAAAACAAAAUUAUGUAUGGCAAUAGUAUCAAUAUCAUUCUGUGA